CGCGACCUCCUCAUUCCCCACAAACAAGCAACGUGCGCGCUCUAAAUAAUCACCCACGGCGUCGGAGGGGCAGUCAGGCGGGGCAUAUAAGUCUCGCCGUGCUGGCGCUGGCAUCGAGCAGCACAGCGACCUCGGCCCUCCAGCUCCCCCUCCAGCAGCUUCCGGACAUGAUGGCGUCUCUGCGCUCCGCGCUCGCGGCCACGCUCGGCAUGUCGCUCGUGGCCUCGGCCUCAGCCUUCAACAUCACGCACUACCCGCCUGCCGCCGACUCGUGGUACAACCUCACAUGGGCGCUGAACGGCACCGGCGCUCCGGGCAUCUUCUCAAGCAGCGCGACCCCGGACGCAGAGUACGGCGUGUACAACUGUGAGUGGUGCAACAUGCCACACGUGCGCAAGACAGAGUACAAGCCCCCCGCGUGCGAGUACUCGCUCAAGUAUGUCGAGGUCAUCCAGCGGCACCACAAGCGGACGCCGUACGCGUCCAACACGUUCUUCAAGGAGGACGUGCAGUGGGACUGUACCCGCGAAGGGCCGUACGCGUACGCGCGCGCCGACGACUUUGACACGACCCCCGUGUCGUGGCAGGCGCAGACGGGCACGCUCAACCCGUUCGAGAAGGCCGUCGGGCCGGGGUUCGUCAACUCGACGUGCCAGUUCCCGGCCAUUACUAGCCAAGGUCUCGACGAUGCCCGCACACACGGCUCGGACCUGUACGGCGUGUACCACACGCUCCUCGGCUUCCUCCCCGACCCGUCCGACACGGCUGCGUACGCCUUCCGCGUGACGAACAAUGUGAUCACGUCGCAGACGCUCAGUGGAUUCGUCAAGGGCCUGUUCCCGCAGGCGCCAGCGUACGCCGCGUGGAUCCAGCGCAGCGCGUUCGACUCGCUCGAGCCGGCUUUCUCCUGCCCGCUCCAAGGCACCGUGAACGGCGCGUACGAGGGCUCCAACCCCGACUGGACGGCACACCUCACCGCCAGCGCGGCCCUGCGCGCGCGUUUCAACGCCGUGUCGGGCAUCGCGGCCGACGACAGCGCGGGCUGGCAGUCAUCGUGGGACCACCCUUACGACAACCUCUCGGCCAAGCAGUGCCACGGCAAGCCGCUCCCCUGCUCGCUGAACAACACGGCCCUGUGCGUGUCCCAGGCGGACGCGGACUCGAUCUACCGUCUCGGCAACUACGAGUACGCGUACCGCUGGCGCGGGGCGGCCAACAGCACGCUGUAUAGCGCGCUCAAGAUGGGCGCGUGGUUCAACGAGCUGGUCGGGCACAUGGACGGCGCGAUCAGCGGGUCCAACAAGAUCAAGUAUCUGCACAACUUCGCGCACGACGGCUCAGUCUCCCCCGUGCUCGGCCUGCUCCAGAUCGCGCACCCCGUCUGGCCGGGCAUGGGCUCCGAGGUCGUCUUCGAGCUCUGGGAGAACGCGAAGACCAAGGCGCAUGCCGUGCGCGUGCUCUGGUCGGGCAAGCCGCUCGUCACCUCCACCCCGCUCGGCACGCUCGACAUGGUCCCGUACGACAAGUUUGUCGCGUACCUCCAAGCGAGCAUCCCCGCCGACUUGGUCGCCGCGUGCUACUCGUCGUAGCGAGGUGUUUGGGGCCGGCGCGCGCCGCGUAACGGAAAGUCCAGCUUUAGAAUUAAUCGUGAAUGAAUAAAUGCCUCAG